AUGCUCAACCCGGACUCCCAUCGGAUGUACGGACGGAGUGAGGCGACGGCUCCCCAGCCGGUGAGCCCUCGCAUCUCCUUUUCCAACGGCUUUGUUCUUGACUCUGCCACCGGGGCCCCCUCAGUCAAGUACGAGCGCUCCUCUGCGGUCUCUCCGUCUUCAUCAGACUUCGAGUUCUCGGCGGGGAGCUACAACAUGAUGACAGCGGACGAGCUCUUCUUCAAGGGUCGGUUGCUGCCGCUAAAGGAUGCCAGUGUCGAGACUCAGAAGGGGUGCACUACUCUGCGCGACGAGGUACUCUCGGGGGAACGCGACGCCUACCCCUCUUUGGCACUAUCUUCGUCCAGGAUGUCCACGAAGUUGACACAUAGGUGGAAGAGUUUUCUGGGCCUGAGCAGAUCGCACUCCUGGGGAAAGAAGAACGAGAAGAAGCAAGACAAACAGCAGCCACGGCAUCAAGUGGAGGGCAUAGUUAAAGACCUUAGGGAGGUGAUGCACUCUCCGAGUCAAGUUCUUGAGCUUUUAAUCUUCUUGAAUAUUUGA